AUGGCCGCUCUUGCGGCCAAUCUUGCAACGGCUGUUCCUCACGGUCAGGAUCAGGGUCAGGGGCCUAGUAGUCCGCAGUACAAGAUGUUAACAAAAAAGAAUAUAAUGCCCCUCCCAACCCAAAGAACCAACAUGAAUCUCCCCAUGCGAGCCAGCCACCCCAUGAUGCGAGUCGACGACCCCGACACCGACGACAGCCAGGCCACACCAGCCCCAACAGCCACAGACGGACCCAGAGUGAUCACCGAACUUGUUACCGAAACAAGCACCACCUGUAACUGCCCGACGGGCUCGGCGUCGGCAGGACAUGUCCCUCUUAGCAGCCAGGCUUAUGUGGGUGGUAGUUCGAGUUCUUUGGCGUUUGGGGUGAACGCGGAUGCUGUGCCUAGUGCUGGAGUGGAGAGGGGACCUGUGGUUGGAUCUAGUUCUGGUGCGGGAGUGUUUAGGCCUGCGUCUACUGAGACUGUCUAUGCUACUCCGGCUGCUGAGUCUAGUGUCCGUGUGUUUGGGCCGGCUUCUAGUGCCCAUGUCGAGGGUGUACCUGUCGCUGCGUCUAGUGAAGGUGUUUUUGGUCCUGCUUCCACCGAGACUGUGUUUGCUACGGUUGUGUCUAGUGUCAGGGUCCAUGGUCCUGCCUCGAGUGAGGUUGCGAAGGCUACACCUGUGGUUGAAACUAGUCAGGUUUUCAGACCCGCUUCCACCGAGACUGUGUUUGCCACGGUUGUGUCCAGUGUCAGAGUCCAUGGUCCUGCAUCUAGCGAGGUUGCGAAGGCUACUCCUGCGGCUGAGUCUAGUGUCCGCGUGCUCAGGCCGGCAUCUAGUGCCCAUGUGGAGGGUACACCUGCCGUUGAGUCUAGUCGGGGCGUCUUCGGACCUGCGUCUACUGAGACUGUUGAGGCUACCCCUGUGGCUGAGUCGAGUGUGCGUGCCUUUGGUCCUGCGUCUAGCGAGGCUGUGAAGGCUACGCCUGUCGCUGAGUCUGGUAAGGGAGUCUUUGGUCCUGCGUCUAGCGAGGCUGCGAAGGCUACGCCUGCAGUUGUGUCAAGUGUUCGGGUGUUCGGUCCUGCAUCCAGUGCUAACUUGGAAGCUACACCUGUCGCUGCAUCCAGCGAGGCCAUCUUCCGUCCUGCUUCCACUGACACUGUAAGGGUUACCCCCGUGGCCGCAACUAGUACUCGGGUGUUCGGUCCCGCAUCUAGCGCGAAUGCAAAGGCCACACCUACCACUCUCUCCAGUGGAAGGGUGUUCGGUCCUGCAUCCAGUGAGACCUCAUCCCGGGCGUUGUUCAGUACCCAGGUGGCUGUGCCGAGUGGGGUUGAUCCUCUUCGGAGCGGCGCGCCCAGUGGUACACCCAGUGGCCGGCCGGAUCAGUUCCAGACGUUCCAGGGAGCCGCACCGGAGAAGAUGGUGCCUGUUCUUGCGAUGAUGGGGCUUUCUGGAUUGCUCGGGGCUUGGUUGGUCCUCUAG